CUUUGUAUAUAACAGAAUGAACUGUACUGAAACUAAUUAAUCUUUAGUUAAUUUGUUCCAACUUAAAACAUUGAUAGUAAUCUACAUUCAUGAUUUAAUGCCACCUUUGCGCUUCGUUUGGCGUAAGUAGUGUCAGGUUAACAUAUGACAAUUUUUGUAGCUUAGUAACGCAUGACAAACAAAUACAAAACGGUCCCAAGACUCGAUUUACAAACUACUGCAAGGUAAAUCCUACAAAUAUUAUAAAAUGGCUACUCUCUUAGAUAAAGCAACCGAAAUUGUCGACAAAAUUAUAACACAAUCCAAUGAAGAUACUUCGCGAACAAUAUUUGCAGUUGGUAGUAAAUCAGCGGGUAAAUCAACUCUUAUUUCUAACUUUCUUGAAAAAAAUGAAGCACCUCGUGAGACUCUUGUGUUAGAAUAUUCAUUCGGUAGAAAAUCUGGUCAAAAACAAGGGUUGGAGAAGAUAAUAUGCCAUGUUUGGGAGUAUGGCGGUAAACUGGAAUUAUUGAAGAACGUUUUAACCUCUGUCCCUUUGCACAGUAAAAGCUACUUUAUAGUAAUGAUAGAUUUAAGCAAAAUUAAGACUAUUUGGAAUACAAUUGAGACGUGUGUCAAUUGUUUAAAACCUUAUGUUGAAAAAAGCAGUUCAAAGGAUUUACUAUUGAUAGGCGGAAAAUAUGACUUAUUUAACAAUUAUGAUAGUGAAAUAAAAAAAAUAAUUUGCUCAACUCUAAGAUGUGUGGCGUUAAUAAACGACGCCCAUUUAAUAUUCUAUUCGUCAAAAGAGCCACAGCUAAUGCGCAGAGUCAAGGAAAUGUUACACAACGCAGCAUUCGGAAACGGUGUAGUGAUAAAAGAAAAAAAUGUAAACCUCAACAAACCACUAAUAAUACCGAAGGGGUUUGAUUCCUGGGAAAGUAUCGGGAUCCCCAAAUCUACGAUGGAUCAGGUGAAAAUGCGACACGUGGCAAGAAUACCACUGGAAGUCGAAGCUAAAGAGAUUACAAAUUUUGAAUUACAACGCUCUCACCCUGAACCGAUUUUGGACUCGCUUGCUGCUUUGAAAUAUGAAGAUAUCCGUAACAUGGAAUUGUUUGAUCCCUCUAUUAACGAUUAUUUGAUGUGUUUGUAAUAAACUGUUGUUGGUGUUCUGUAUUUUUAUUUUUUACGA